GGGCGCGGCCGCCAGGAGCAGCAGGAGGAGCCACUGCAGACGCGCGGGCGGCCGGGACGCGCACUCGGGACGCAUGGUGGGCGCCGGGCGGAGCCCGGGUGUCCGGGGACCCGCGGGUUCCACGUCCCCUGCCGUGAAGCUCGCCCCGCCGGUUCCCCGGGAGGGUUUUGUGGGGCCCCGCGGCGCGGCUGGUCCCUCCUCACCCAGGCUUUGGCUGCGGCUCCCGGGGAGGGCAGAGCGGCUCAGGGCCCGCCCUCGGCCCCUCCCUGCGGUGCGCCCGGCGCUGUCCCCUGCAGGGCCGUCAGAUUGGGAGUUGCAGCCGCCGGACCGACGUGUCCUCCGGAGCGCAGUGGAGAAGCAGCCGGGGCGGCAGAGCCCACAGGUGCGCAGUACCGGUGCUGCGGGGUCCCCCAGGAGUCUUCCAGAAGAGAGGAGAAGCCGGGCAGGGUUGCUCAAGCAGUUGUGCCUGCCCUGGAGCCCCUUGCUCGUGGUGCUAAUGGAGUGCUCUUCCAGAUGUACUAAACCCUUUGGCUCAGAUCCCUGGUCAUUUAUACUCAUUCUGUUUUCUAUACCACAUGUGUAUGGGGGUGGAAAGAAGUAUAUCAGUCCAUGUGGAGGAAGAGACUGCUCUGUUUGCCAGUGCUUUCCUGAAAAGGGGUCCCGGGGUCAACCAGGACCACUAGGAUCACAGGGUCCCAUAGGGCCUCUGGGACCCCCAGGACCCAUUGGAAUUCCAGGAGAGAAAGGACUGAGAGGUGACAGUGGCUCUCCUGGGGCCGCAGGGGAGAAAGGAGACAAGGGUCCAACUGGUGUUCCUGGAUUUCCGGGUUUGGAUGGUAUACCUGGUCACCCAGGACCUCCAGGGUCCAGAGGCAAACCUGGAAUGAACGGUUACAAUGGCUCAAGAGGAAACCCGGGGCUUCCAGGGGAAAGAGGAGCUCCUGGCCCAAGAGGCACCCCAGGCCUUCUUGGAGAAAAAGGAGAAAAAGGAAAUUCAGUGUUCAUUUCAGGUGGCAUUAAAGGUAUUCAGGGAGAUCGAGGGGACCCAGGACCAGCCGGGUUGCCAGGAUCCCGAGGUGCUCGAGGACCCACAGGCCCAAUGGGAGGUCCUGGAGCCCCCGGCUUGACAGGAGCUCCAGGUCACCCUGGGAGUCCAGGUUUCAAGGGCAAUCCUGGUGUUGGAGUAAGAGGGCAAAUGGGGGACCCGGGUGAAGUUGGCCAACAAGGUUUUCCUGGACCCACCCUAUUGGUAGAGCCACCUGAUUUUUGCCUCUAUAAAGGAGAAAAGGGUGUAAAAGGAAUUCCUGGAAUGAUUGGACCUCCAGGACCACCAGGACUCAAGGGAGAACUUGGUAUUGGGGUGAAAGGAGAGAAAGGCAUUCCUGGCUUCCCAGGACCUCGGGGUUACCCUGGUUCCUACGGAUCUCCAGGCUUUCCAGGAUUAAAGGGAGACCAAGGGCCCCCUGGAGACCCUGGGGUAUUUGGAUUUCUUGGCCCAAAGGGCGAUCCUGGAGACCGCGGGUACCCGGGACCACCAGCUGUUUUGGUAACUCCAGCUCCUCCACUCAAAGGUCCUCCAGGGGACCGAGGAUCCCCUGGCCGCUAUGGAGAAAUAGGAGAUAUUGGACCCCCUGGUCCCCCAGGUCCUUCGGGCCAACCAGGGGAAGCUUGUCCAGGCAUGGUGGGACCUCUGGGACCACCAGGGCUUCCUGGUCCUCCAGGGUUUCCAGGGGAAGCCGGUAUUCCUUCGAGGCCUGACUCCACCCCAGGAAAACCAGGGCAGCCAGGACCCCCUGGCUUACCCGGAGUCCCAGGGCUACAGGGUCCCGCAGGACCGAAUGUGGUACAUUGCAGUGUGGGGCUCCCUGGACCACAAGGAAUAAAGGGCAAAAUGGGCCCCCCGGGAGGAAGAGGCUCAAAAGGAGAAAAAGGAAACGAAGGACUCUGUGCCUGCCCACCUGGCCCUGUGGGGCCCCCUGGCCCUCUGGGGCUACCUGGGAGGCAGGGCGAUAAGGGGGAAGCAGGGCUCCCAGGCUGGCUUGGAGGAAAAGGUGACCUAGGCCCUCCUGGCGCUGAAGGAUCACCAGGGCAACCAGGAAAAUCUGGUGUUCCAGGACCUUCUGGCAACAAAGGAACAAAGGGUGACAUGGUGGUAGCAAGAGUUAAAGGGUACAAAGGAGAAAGAGGACCUGAUGGGCCCCCUGGAUUUCCAGGGCAGCCUGGACAAGAUGGUCAGGAUGGACAUGCUGGAGAAAAGGGGGAUCCAGGACCCCGGGGGGAUCAUGAAGAUGCAGCCCCAGGUGAGAAGGGGUUUCCUGGCCCACUGGGUCCUCCUGGGGAAGCAGGACCAGUGGGGCCUCCGGGACUGGGAUUUCCCGGUCCACCAGGAAAAAGAGGUCAACCAGGCAUUCCAGGCCGCCCAGGAGAGAGGGGCCCUGAUGGCCUUAAGGGGCUGAAAGGUGACUCCAUCCCUUGUAAUGUAACCUACCCUGGGAGGCCAGGCCUUCCAGGCUUUGAUGGACCUCCAGGUCAGAAGGGAUUUCCAGGUCCCCCGGGUGCUCCUGGGCUGAGGUGUUCGGAUGGACCAAAAGGCCAACCAGGCCAACCAGGAAUACCAGGAAUACCAGGCCCACCUGGUUUUCGUGGUGACAUGGGCGAUCCGGGUUUUGGAGGUGAAAAUGGGUCCUCCCCUCUUGGACCCCCAGGUCCCCCUGGGCCACGUGGAGUGAAUGGUCAGAAGGGAACACCAGGAGACCCUGCAUUUGGUCAGCCAGGACCCCCUGGAAAUAGGGGUCUUCCGGGAGUGCCAGGGAUAAAAGGACCCCAAGGUGACCCCGGAUGCCCCGGGCCUGAAGGGGCAGCUGCCAUUCCUGGCUUGCCAGGUCUCAAAGGUCCCAGAGGCAAAGCAGGAAGUGCUGGAUUUCCAGGCAUCCCAGGUCUACCAGGCCAUUCCUGUGAAAGAGGCGCUCCUGGGAUCCCAGGCCAACCAGGACCCCUGGGAGCUCCAGGUAGUCCAGGUGCCCCAGGUAGGAAAGGACAGCAAGGAGAUAUGGGGUCUCCUGGACCAGCUGGAAUGAAGGGCUUCCCUGGAUCCCCAGGACUGCUUGGGCCAGAUGGACUCCCAGGACCUCCAGGAAUCCCAGGCCGUUUUGGGGAAGAUGGGCUACCUGGUCAUCCAGGUCCAAAGGGACCCAGGGGGCUGCCUGGUCUCCCAGGCUUUCCAGGAGAGAGAGGAAAUCCAGGCACCACAGGCCACCCAGGCAGAAAGGGAGAAAUCGGAGAGAAGGGCUGGCCUGGCUUUCAGGGGGACCCGGGAGUCCGAGGUGCCAAAGGAGCCAGAGGACUUCCUGGAGAUGAAGGAAAAAUGGCCAUCAUUUCCAAAAGAGGGGACACUGGGGAACCUGGGCCUCCUGGAGAUGGAGGGUUCGUAGGAGAGAGAGGUGACAGAGGAAUUCCUGGGACACAAGGGAGAAGAGGAGAGCCAGGACGAUAUGGACCACCUGGAUUUCCGAGGGGGGAACCUGGCAGAAAUGGACAACGUGGGUUUCCAGGACCCCCUGGACCUCCAGGUUCCCCUGGGCUAAGAGGGAUCAUUGGUUUUCCAGGAUUUCCAGGUGACCAGGGUGAGCCAGGUUCUCCAGGCCCCCCUGGAUUUUCAGGAACUGAUGGAACAAAAGGACCUAAAGGAAACAAAGGUGAUCCUGCCAGUCAGUUUACUCUACCUGGUCCGAAGGGUGAGCCUGGUGGCCCUGGAUAUCAAGGACAUGUGGGAGCCCCUGGAGAGCAAGGCUCGCCUGGAGUCCCAGGGCUGAGAGGACCACCAGGAACGCCAGGACCGCCUGGCUCCUCAGGGCCACCAGGGUGUCCAGGUGAUCGGGGAAGGCCUGGGCCGAAGGGCUCUCCAGGAGAAAUGGGGGAUGCUGGGCCUCGAGGCCUCCCAGGGGAUCCAGGGAUGCCAGGUCCUCCAGGAAUAAAAGGUCCUGCUGGGUUACCUGGCCUGCAUGGCUUGCAUGGUUUGAAGGGAGAGAAAGGAACCAAAGGUGCCUCAGGUUUGCACGAAAUGGGCCCACCAGGUCCGGUGGGAAUACCUGGUCAAAAAGGAGAGAUAGGAGACCCUGGGAAUCCCGGAAUUUCUCCUCCAGGCCUUUUUGGAGAGAAAGGCUUUGCAGGCCCCCCAGGGAGACCAGGACCACCAGGUCCCGCAGGUGCCCCAGGCAAAGCUCCUAAGGGUGAUGUUCCUGAUCCUGGUCCACCUGGAGAUGAGGGACCCCCUGGCCCUGAUGGCCCACGAGGAGCUCCUGGGCCUCCGGGACCCCAUGGGAGUGUUGACCUUCUGAAAGGGGAGCCAGGUGACUGUGGUCUGCCAGGGCCACCAGGUCCCCAUGGCCCGCCAGGACCUCCCGGAUGCCAGGGUGUUCCAGGAUGUGAUGGAAAAGAUGGCCAAAAAGGACCAGUGGGAUUUCCAGGGCCUCCAGGGCCACCUGGCCUUCCUGGAGCACCUGGAGAGAAGGGUUUACGUGGACCUCCAGGAAGGAGAGGGUUCAUAGGUCCCCCAGGUCCCAGAGGUGAAGCUGGGCCACCUGCAGAUGUGGAUGCCUGUCCCCAAAUCCCAGGGCUUCCUGGGGUGCCAGGCCCACGAGGACCAGAAGGAGCCAUGGGGCUCCCAGGACAGCAGGGUCCCCCAGGACCAGGGUGCAAAGGGAAGCCUGGGCCGGAUGGCAGGAGGGGCGAGGAUGGAGUCCCUGGGCCUCCCGGGCCUCCCGGGCACACAGGGGACAGCGGAGAGGCCGGCUGCCCUGGAGCACCAGGCCCUCCUGGUCCAACUGGCGACCCUGGCCCCAAAGGGAGUGGGCUUGGCUACCUCAGUGGCUUCCUCCUAGUGGUCCACAGCCAAACGGAUGAGGAACCCGCCUGCCCCAUGGGGAUGCCCCGGCUCUGGAGUGGGUACAGCCUGCUCUACCUGGAAGGGCAGGAGAAAGCACACAACCAGGACCUCGGUCUGGCGGGAUCUUGCCUUCCUGUGUUCAGCACGCUGCCCUUUGCCUACUGCAACGUCCACCAAGUGUGCCACUACGCCCGGAGGAACGACAGGUCCUAUUGGCUGGCCAGCGCCGCGCCCCUCCCCAUGGCGCCCGUGUCGGAGGAAGACAUCCGACCCCACGUGAGCCGCUGCGCCGUGUGCGAGGCUCCAGCGCAGGCUGUGGCGGUGCACAGCCAGGACCAGGCCAUCCCGCCGUGUCCCCGGGCCUGGAGGAGCCUCUGGAUCGGGUACUCGUUCCUGAUGCACACAGGAGCUGGGGACCAAGGAGGAGGGCAGGCCCUGAUGUCACCUGGCAGCUGCCUACAGGAUUUCAGAGCGGCGCCGUUCCUCGAAUGCCAAGGGCGCCAGGGCACCUGCCACGUUUUUGCAAAUGAGUACAGCUUCUGGCUGACCACGGUGAAACCAGACUUGCAGUUUUCCUCUGCGCCGUCACCAGACACCUUAAAAGAUGGCUACGCGCAGCGCCAGAAGAUCAGCAGGUGCCAGGUCUGCGUGAAGUACAGCUAGAGAAUGUGAAAUUCACCGCCAGGUGUGAGGAGAAACUGUCCCGACUUCCAGGCUGUGCGAAGAAAUUCUACGGUGCUCAUCCCAGAUCGCACUUCGUGCUGCGCGGUUAUUCCCAGUCCUCUACUUCCUCCUCCUCCUGUGCUUCACAGAUUAAGCCAAGGCUACGUGCGUGGGUUUGUUUCGAUCCCUAAUCUAGGUGAAAUCUACAUACCGUAUUUUAUUGAGGAUGAUGGAAAAAUAGGCUUUCUUUGAAAAUAUGCUCAUUCUCAGGAAAGCAAGUAGAGGAUAAAGGCCAGAUUACAAAUUACAUUACCGAAAACUUCAUUCAUUGGCUAAUAGCAUCUCAAAUAAUUGAAGUCAAUUACUCCACAGUACACUGGGGUUCUGGACAGAUUUUACGGGAAAAAAUAAAUAGGCCAACAAAUGAAACUCCAAAGUAGAGAUUUUCAACAUUUCAAAAUUUCCUCUGUAAUCUAUUUUUUCUAUGCACUUUAGACAGUUGUAAAACCAUGACCCAAAGAGAUUACAAAAAGAAAAAAACUCCGCACUGCCAGCGUUAACAGUUCAUUUCAAAGCAGAAUGGAUCAUUAUGCCAGGAAAGCCCACAGUCUCUGUAUCCUAGAGCUGCAACAUUAGCACAAGCGGUUCGCAGAUGAAUAUAAAACAUGUUCUCCUCUGCGUUUUUCAGAGAAUGGAAAUGCCUACUUUGGCAGCCCUUUUGAAAAGUAGCAAUUAUGGAAGAAAAUACAUUCAGUAGGGGAUUAGGAGCCUAAAAGCUAUUAAUGAAUAUUAAGGUAGUGAUUCCCCAAAAUUGACACUUCAUCGUGGUGAGCUUCCAAACAGAUGGGUUUUCCCAGUCGGGGACCCACAUGUCCUUGGAGCUAAUGGGCCUGAAGCCACAUGGGGUUCAUACUGAGCACCUCACACCCUUCCCCGUAGGACCUGUGGAGCUUCCGUGUAGCUUACAGUGCAUGCUUUUCCUCCACGUACAUAAUGGCAGAUCACAGAGGGAAGUGACAGAGCUAUCAUUAUGCACUUGGGAGAAAACUGAGGGCGGCGUAAUUAAACCUAGGUAAGAGGAUCUAUUUAAGUCAGGGUCAUCUCCCCUGCCCCAAAGAAGGCCUGGAGCCAUCUUUUUAAAAAUACAAAAAACAAUCUGCAAGUUGAAUUUUCCCGUGAUCAGUUUAUACAGGAGCAUCCCAUUUUGACAAUUUAAAAAACUUUCUUAGACUUCAUGGUAGCAUUGAACCAAGGCAGCAAUAGACAUUUGGCAUUUGUUGUUUCUAUAAAAUUCUAGAAGGGAUGUGAAUUUACAAUGAAUACAUGUUUUUGAAUUGCAAAAGAUAAGUUUUCUAUUUUGCCAAGUGCCCAGUGAUCUAAGCUUACAAAUCAAAAGAUUUGUUAGAAUUGUUUUAGGAAAUUCACCUUCCUCAUAUACCGAAAAUAUCAUUUUAGGGAAAACCAAAUAAAUUACUCAUGAAAGUGACAUUCAUUUUAGUAAUUUUAGUGUACUUAAAAAUAAUUGAGAGAAACUCAAUUAAAAUUUUGUGUACAAGAAAUGUUUUUCUUGUUCAACUUUGAUUACUAAUGAGUUCUUCUAUGUAGCAUACAUUUCAAAUGAGUUUUGCUAUGAGCAGCUCAUGGCCAUUUAUUUUAAGAGUAUUUUCUCAUUUUUAAAAGAUAUUUUCUUGAUGUAGCAGAAUAUUUCCUAGUUCACAGACCCAUUUGAGUUUUUUUAGGCCACUCUAUUGGUUUAGUGUGCCUGAAAUUUAACCCAGUUUCUACUUUACUUGUAAUUAUUCUUCUAUUUCUGAAACCUUUGUCUAGUACCAAAACUCAAGCCUCCUAAAAGUCUAUCACGAGCAUACUGUGAGAACAUUGUCUGGAAGAGCUAAGAAUGAUCAGUGGACUAUCAGAUAUAUAUCUUCCUUGCGCUCUUAUUUUAGGCCCUUUAACCUAUUAGAGUAUUAUCUUAAUAAGCUUUAUAAAUAAUUUUUUUUAAAAAACGGGCUGAAUUAAGUGGAUAAUUCACUCCACUGUGAUCAGGAACAGUGGACAGAAAUCAGCUGAAAAUACUACUAGCACAGGAGCCCUCUCUACGGUUAGAAUCCUGCCUUUUGUCUUUGAAAGUAUUUUAAAUGGUCACAAUGACAGCGUGACAGAAAGAAUGACUUCCUGAAAUAGAAGUCCAGUUACUUUCUUCACUUGUGUAUAUAGCAAUGUGUUUUAAAAUAUAUGUUCUCCUUGAAGGCCAUGAGCAAAGCUUUACAGCUGUUUUCCUAGUCCAUUACUAGUGAUGACCUUUAUCAGAUUUCCCAAGGACUCUCCCUCUUUUUGGGUCCAUUGCACCUCGACUGCUGAGCUGGGGUUUCCUGAGGCCCCUGCUGGAGGACUGGUGUGUUCCCUUCCGGACUGCCAUUUGUGCCGAGUGGAGCCCGCUGGGUGCAGGUGGGCCUCCGUGCUGUGCUCUCAUUCCCCACAAAGAGCCCUGAGUCAUCGCUUCCAGUGCACACUCCCUCCUCUCAGCCUCCUGUAUCUGGUAUCGCUGGACACCACCGAUCUACCUCCCUCUUGCAGUAGGCAUCUCCUAAUCAGUUCAUCCAGUUUCACAUCCCAGCUGUCACGUAAGUUCCAUUCAAACCUGAGUUGGUCAUCUUCGGACAGUCCUUCACAUGUGGUGAGGUCAGUGUGAACGGAGAUCGCCUCUGGUCACGGUGAAUUGAGUGCAGCUCUGCAGAUGUUCCCAGUACCUCUGUGCCUUUGCUCCUUCUCUUUCACCAGGGAUGUCCUCCCUCAGGUCCCCUUGGCACUGAAUUAGUGGCAUGCAUGCAUGCGAAUUCCCUCGAGGAGACUUGGACUCCUGCUGCUCCCAGUACAAUUAAUGGGGCUCUCUCUCUUUCUCCAUUAUUUCCUCAACGUCUCAGAAUACUUCUUUCAUUCCCCGGCUAACACAAAAGCCCCUAGAGGGCGGGGACCAUGUUUUACUUGUCCUUGUAUGCCCAGUGCUAGCACAGAACUGGACGUAGUAUUAACACGUCAUUCUUUUAUUCAGUGACAAUUCCACAGCUUCAUUAGGCAUUAGCUGUUAAGCUCUCUAUAUAAGGUCCUCAUUGGGAAAAUGGUAAGUAGGAGACAUCAUUUCUUACUUCAAAACAUCAGAAUGUUCAACAUAUCCGCACACCCACAAUCUAUUACAAUUUUUGACCCAAAGCCAAUUGAUAAGCUUAUCUCCCCCCUCCGCCCUGCCUCCAAAAUAGAUGUUUUCUAUAAACCGAAAUUUCAAAAAUGAUGACAUUUCAGAGAUUUGGCUGAGAGAAAACUCAUUGAAAUGCGACCUGACAGCUCAUAUUGUAAUCUAUAGUCUCUUGGGAUUUAAGAGCUUGCUCGUGCAAAACUGGCUCUACAAAGUUCAUACGUAAGUUGCUCGUGCUUUAAAAAAUAGUCAGUGGAAUAGUCUAUAAAAAUUGGAUCUUAUUAAAGAUAUAUUGAGUCUCUUUUAGAUUAUUAUAAAGCAAGCCUUUCUCUGUUCCAGUAAAUUACAUUAGUGUUACAUCAUCUCACUGGGAUAAGUUGAUAAUUGUAACCUCUACUUGGUAUGGCUGCAAAAUGGCAGAACAAUGAGGAUUUUAGUUGGCUGAACCCAGAUGUGGAUCUGGUCUUGUCACUUUCCAACUGCGUUACCCUGGAUGAAUUCCGCCAACUCGCUGAACUUACUUCCCUCAUUUAUAAGACAUAACACUACUCUUGUGUUGAAAAUUAGUUAGACUAUCUGUCUAGCAUAUAACAGUCAUCAUAGAUUGGUUAUGGUCAUAUCUUCUGUUUAAAAUAAAUUAAGAUGAAAGAUAUUUCUUGGGUUCUUUGUAUACAGAAUUAUUCUCAUAGGGCAUAUAUAUUACUGAUUAGAAUUACCUAACUGGUCAAUUCGUAGUAUCUUUGGGAGAAUGCUGUGCAAAGUUACUAUACUACAGAAAAUAUCACAUUUUCUGGCAAGGACAUUAUCAGUAAGUUCUGCAGGGAACAAACAAUUGACAUUAAAAAUCAGUAUUCUGCAAUUGUCACUGUUAUCUGCCAGAAACUCUGCAUAAUGCAUUUCAAACCACCAAAGCUGGCUGCCACAUCCAUGUCAUAUGCUUGAAUUUGUGGUGCUUAAAUAUUUAAUGAUUCCUUCAUGAGAAAAAAAAUGUGAGACAUGUCCAAUAAAUUGCAUCCCUUUCUCAAACCUGUGGUUAUAAAGCUAAAGACUUUGAACGUGUAACUUUUGCAAGAUGCUUGGUUUUCCACUGACCCUUAAAUCUUUGCUGUAUUAUGAUUUACAAUGUGGUUCAUUAUAUAUAAAAGUCUGUGAUGACUUUCCCAAAA